GCAUUGUUUAAGACAUAUUUUUUAAUAUAAUAUCACACUAGUUGGAUGAUCUUUUUAUUCCCUCAACAAUUGAUUACACUUGGUUGGACUAGUAAUAGUCCAUAAUUAUAAAGAGCAAAUGGAACAUUGUUUAAGACAUGUGGUAACUAAAGCUUGUGAAAAGGAUUAAACAUUAACAAGUAGCAAGGAAGAAGGAAGGGGACCAUUUGAUCCAUAAUUCAUUAAAGCAAAUUAAAGUGCUUUUAAUAAAAUAUGACCUAACUUUGUACUAUCUAUAUACAAAUUUUGUUUGACAUUAUGUCUCCACACUAAUACUGAAUACUUUUAUAUAUUGUAGAAUCUCUGACGAUAUUACGAUAGAAUAUUAACACUUGAUUAAUUAUAAGUUAGCGUAAUACAGACGAACUUCUGCUUAUAAUAAAGAGGCUGCAAAUAAUGGUUGAGAGAUCAUCAGGAUCGAGUUUUUAGGUUUCCCAAAAUGGUUGAUACCAACAAUAUAUUAGGGUCAUUUGACUCGAGUGAAGAAGGAGGGUUUAAGGAGCACGAAAAGUUGUUGCCAAUAGCUAACGUGGGACGAAUAAUGAAGCAUAUUCUUCCUCAAAACGCGAAGAUUUCAAAAGAGGGGAAAGAAACAAUGCAAGAAUGUGUGUCUGAGUUCAUAAGCUUUGUUACUGGAGAAGCAUCGGAGAAAUGUCACAAGGAGAAGAGGAAGACGUUGAACGGAGAUGAUGUUUGUUGGGCUUUGGGAAAUUUAGGGUUUGAUGAUUAUGUUGAGCCAUUGAAGAGGUAUUUGCAUAGAUAUAGAGAGUUAGAAGGUGAAAAAGCUAACCAAAAUAAGGUUGAUAUUGGCAACAAGAAUGAAGAAAGGGAGAAAAAUGAGUUUCUCCUUGGAAGAUUGUAUGGUCCUUAAGAAAGUCCGGAGCAUAAAUGACAACUUUUUUUUAAUCAAGUAGGGGUGACCGUUCAGACAGUUCAAUUCAUAAUCCAAAAAUCCAAAAAGUUCGAAUUUCGAUUUGGUUUUUAGGUUGACCCAAACUAUGUCCACCUCUAUACGUAAGCUUUGAUUUUCAAAUUCUUUCUACUCUUGUUUUCAUUUUAUGAAGAAAAAAAUAAAUCGAGCUUUCGUACUAGUGAUCAUAUUGUAUCUUCUAAAUAAUUUGUAAGGUAAUUAAUUUGUGGGAUAUGGUUUUGAAAAAUUAAUUAACUUUGUGAUUCAACUAUUUAUGUUCUCAUUUGGCUAGAUUGGCAUGGUUCUUGGUUCAGUGUUGAACAAUAAUAAUUAAGUUACUCCAAUACUAAUUAGAGACUCUAAUGGAGGUUAGCACAAAUUCCUUCCCUAAUUACCAUUUCUUUUUUCAUUUGCACGUGAAAUUAAUGAUAUUAAGGAAUAUCAAAAUUUGUAGGGUAUUUCUUGUUCUUACCAAAUUGGAAGAUUAGUUUUCUAAAAUUGGUUGUUUUAACUAUGGUUAUGAUAUAAUCUUGAUUUUUAAAAUUUUAAAACACAUGUCUCUUAUCUAGACGUGUACUUGACGAAAUAGAGGGAAGGAUGUAAUGGAGAGGAGUCAAAUCUGUCAUUUAUUGGCAACUAAACAAUAUUUUGAUUGAUGCAAGUAAAUCUAAUUAAUGUUAUAAUUUUAAUACAUUCGUAUUAAUACUUGGAAAUGGUACUGAAAUGCCUUAUAGUUUAUAAUACUGUAUUUUUUUUUCCAACUCCCACCAUAUGAGCUCCCUUAGUGGCGGAGGGUUUGGCAUAGACCCCUACCACAUAUAGUCUAUACUGUGUGUGCUGGAUAAUAUAGUUAAAAUUGUAAUUUAAUUUCUUUUCUUAACAAAAAAAAUUGUUUCGUGAUGAACUCUAAAAGUUGCUUGAUUCUCUUUUAAAAUAAGUCUAUUUUAUUAUAAAUAAAUCAUUGAUUAGUAGUGGUCGGCGUUCAACUUUUUUUAUUUUUGGUUUUGAAAAAGUGUUCAUCGAAUAUCAAACAGAAAUAAUUCAAUUUGGUUUGGUUUGGUUUGUUCAACUUCGAUUUGGUUUGAUAUUUUUAAAAUGGGUUUUUCGAUGCAAAUGAAAAAUAAAUUGAGGACAAAAUCUAAGUAUAAGACACUUAAAAUCAUGUUAAUUGAUAAUGUAUCUCACCGUGGAACAGUACUUAUUGUGCUGAAAAGACUAUUUUUGUCUUUGUCAAGAAUAUUGUGCCUCCAACUAUUGUUCAAAGAAAACAAGGAUGAAGAUAGGUUUCUUUACAUGACGAAUAUUGACAAAAAUUACAUUUGGGAUUCCUCUCGGGCAAAUUAAUAUUGAAUCUAACUGUCUGAAUUGUAAAUUUGUUGCUACUUUGAUUUAUUCGUAAAUAGUUUAAUUGCUAGUUGUCAUUUUUUAAAUAAAAGUUUGAUUUUCCAGUGCACUGAAAUUUUGAUACGCUUACACUAAACACCAAAUUGAAAAAUCGAACUUUUGAAAAAAAAAAA